CAAGCACAUGCCGACAGACCGGAUAUCGGGGAAGUUGUCAUGUACGGCUAUGACAAUCGCCAAGUAUAUAUAUAUGUAUAGCCUCGCCUGCUGUUGAGCCCCAAAGUACACCAGAUAUUCCCAGAUAUUCCCCACAGUAGUAGUUACAGGGACGUCCACACUCCUCCCCCAUUACUAUCAAGGCUCAGCAUGCCUCUGACCACACCAUCCGUGUACCCGCCAGCGUGCGGCGACUUCUUGAAAUGGCCCAGCCGGCGGAGUGUAAUGCACAGCACCAAAGGCAUGGUAGCAUGCUCCCAGCCCCUGGCGGCCAAGUGCGGCAUCGACAUCUUGAAUGCCGGCGGCAAUGCUGCUGAUGCCGCCGUCGCAGUUGCCGCCGGCCUCAACAUAACGGAGCCCGUGUCGACCGGUAUCGGCGGCGACAUGUUCUGCCUCUACUACGAUGCCAAAACCGGCAAGGUCUCGGCCCUGAACGGCUCGGGGAGGUCAGGCGGCAAGUGCACGCUCGAGAGGAUCCGUAAGGACCUAGGGCUUGCCGACGACGUGGGCGGCGGGAUCCCCAUGACCAGCGUCCAUGCUGCCACCGUGCCGGGCGCCGCCGCGGGAUGGGUCGACACAGUCGAGCGGUUCGGUAGCGGCAAGCUGAAUCUGGAGCAGAUCCUGGCGCCGGCGAUAGAGCUGGGUGAGAAGGGGUUCCCUGUUUCUGAAGACGCUGCGUUCUUUUGGAAAGUCGGAGAGGCAGCCCUCCGCAGGGCUUCCCCCAACUUCGCCGAGAUGCUCAAGCCCGACCCGUUAGCCCCUGACGGCGUGCGCGCCCCCAAGGCCGGCGACAUCAUGAAGAUGCCCCGUCUCGCGCAGACCUUCCGCACUCUGGCGACAGAAGGCAAAAAGGGCUUCUACACCGGCCGCAUCGCCGAGGAGAUCGUCAAGGUGGUGCGCGACCGCGGCGGCCACCUCGAGCUCGCCGACCUCGCGCACCACCUCGAGCAGGGCAGCGAACCAGUCGAUCCCAUCUCGCUCAAGUUCCGCGGCCAGGGCUGCGGCUCCUCCCCGCGGUCCUCCCCAGGCGGCGGCGGCGUCGAGCUGUGGGAACACCCGCCCAACGGCCAGGGCAUCGUGGCCCUCAUGGCGCUCGGCAUCCUCCAGGAGCUCGAGGCCACGGGCAAGAUCCCGACCUUCACGCCAGCCGACCAUAACACGACCCCCUACCUGCACGCCAUCAUCGAAUCGCUCCGCAUCGCCUUCGCCGACGCGCACUGGUUCGUCACCGACCCCAGCACCAACCCCCUCCCCACACCCGCCUCCCUCAUCUCCCAACCCUACCUCGCCUCGCGCGCCACGCUCUUCAACCCGACCGCCACCACCCCCAACCUCACCCACGGCAACCCCCCCACCCAAAAGUACCCCUCCCCCGCCCUCCGCUCCAGCGACACGGUCUAUUUCGCCUGCGCCGACGCCGCCGGCAACGCCAUCUCCUUCAUCAACUCCAACUACGCCGGCUUCGGCACCGCCAUGGUUCCCGCCGGGUGCGGCUUCACGCUGCAGAACCGGGGCGCCGGGUUUAGCCUGGCGGCGGAUCAUCCGAAUGUGCUGGCGCCGAGGAAGAGGCCGUAUCAUACCAUUAUUCCGGGGUUGGUUACCUGUCUUGCUGACGGGGAGGGGAGUGGUGAUGGGGAGGGUGAGAAUGGGAGUGGGAGUGGUGAUGGUGGUAAGGGGGGCGGGUUGCAUAGUGUGUUUGGGGUGAUGGGCGGGUUCAUGCAGCCGCAGGGCCAUGUGCAGGUGCUGCUGGGGCAGAUUGUGGGGGCGCUCAACCCGCAGCAGGCGCUGGAUGCGCCGCGGGUGUGUAUUGGGGCGGGCAUGGCCGAUGUUGGUGAUGUGUAUGGUGGGGUGGUGUAUGUGGAGGAAGGGAUGCCGGCGGAGACGGUGGAGGGGCUGCGCGCGCUGGGGCAUACCGUAAAGGUCCUCGGUGGGUGGGGGGGUAUGGGCAGGCAGAUGUUUGGGCGCGGGCAGAUUAUUCGGUGGACGGUGGAUGAGGUGGAGGGCACGGGGGUGUGGUCUGCGGGGAGUGACAUGCGCGGGGAUGGGGCCGCGUAUCCGGCGUGAUCUUGGGAGAUGAGGGAGUUAGCACGCGG